UGCUGCUUGUGUGUGACAUGUGGUGUGUGUGCUCCCUUCUCUGGUUUGCGCGCGCAAUCGAGAGGAAUGAGUUAGAUUUGUGAUAUGUCCCAUUUUACGCGGUCAUUGCGUGUUUUAGCUCUCAGAAAGGUACGACCAUCGUCUUGCCAACGGCGUGCGUUGCUCCAAACUGACUUUCCGCCCGCCGCACCGUUCUUCAGUAGCAACGUUGGCAAAAUGGCUAAAAGUAAAUUUGAAUAUGUCCGUCAAUUCGAAGCCGAUGACAAGUGCUUGCCAAACUGCUGGAUUGUCACGCGCAUUGACGGGAAGGCCUUCCACAAGUUUUCGGACGUCCACGGCUUCGAAAAACCCAACGACAAGCGUGCCCUUGACUUGAUGACGCGCUGUGCGGAGCGCGUCAUGGAGGAGUUCGGCGAGAUCUCUAUAGCGUACGGACAGAGCGACGAGUACAGCUUUGUAUUCAAAAAGAACGCCGAGCUCUACAACCGUAGGGCAAGCAAAAUCAUGACAAACGUCUGCAGUUUGUUCACGUCUUCGUACUUGUUCUACUGGCCCUCGUUUUUCUCUAGCCCCAUCCAGUACCCGCCAUCGUUUGACGGCAGAGUUGUUUUGUACCCGAGCGACGCAAAUCUUAUGGACUAUCUAAGCUGGCGGCAGGCCGACUGCCACAUCAACAACCUCUACAACACUGUCUUCUGGGCACUCGUGCAGGAAGGGGGCCUCACUACUAGGCAGGCUGAAGAGAGGUUGCGAGGCACCGUCUCGUCGGACAAGAAUGAGAUACUUUUCCAGGAGUUUAAGACCAAUUACAACAACCUUCCAGCAUUAUAUCGCAAGGGCACCGUCGUCGUUCGCGAGGCCAUGGACGAGGAGUCGUCAGGAGACGGUUCGAAAGCAUUUAAGAACCGCAAGCAGGCGAAGGUGUACAGAAUAACGGCACUAAACGUUGAUAUAAUUCAGAAGAACUUCUGGAGCAAGUACCCCCACUUAUUGGCGGAAUAAAUUGAGUUUUUAAUACGUU